AUGGAUCAAAGUCAAAGCUCUCAACGCUCGAGGAGAUUGCGAGAAAUUGCUGAAGAAUAUGGUGCGGUGCCCGAUGGCCCAGAGAAGCUGCUCUGCCGACCAAGCCAGGUGCCGUCCUCCAUCGUUCCUGAUGACGAACGGCGGGCAGAUGCAAUUAUAGGUCAGAUGAAGAUCGAGGGAGCUGAACAUCAACCCAAGCACCGAAGCUUUAAACGUCCGUCGUUUCACAAAUCGAAGCCAGAUACAACAUAUGUCGAUUUAUAUGCAGCUUUAGAACGGGCGUUGGAAGAGAAUGGCCCACCUGGUGUAUUCGAGAUACUACUUCGGAGGUUCAGGAGCAACAAUGGAAACAUCAAUGUUGCAAGGAAGGCUAAAACCGGCACUAUGGCAAAACUUCGAAGCUCGAGCUUACCUGAGCAGAGAGGAACGCUCCUUCAGAGGGCAACGGAACUACGAAGAUUUCAUUACAUCCAGAUCUUGGCACCUCUGGCUGAUCAACUCAGCCUUAACGAAUCACUUCGAAUUGCAAUAUUGAUACGGGAGCUUGAGUUUGUAGAGUUAUUGUUGCAAUACGGAGCGGAUCCGUCCCCACACGAAGCUUCGUUUUUACAAGCUGUAGAGAAAGACGAUCAACUAGUGGAUUUGUUUUUACGUUCCUCUAUAAGAUUGUCCAACAUUUCUAUAUCACGAGCCUUGUUUCCGGCGGCGAAGUUGGGCCACCUAAAAACAACUGUUCAACUUAUAAGAGCCGGAGCCGAUGCGAGUCAUAGUAAUGGAUCAGCUUUUCUGCAUGCCGUCGAGGCUGGUCGUUUGGAUAUCACAACAGCUCUGCUCAUGAGCAGCAACUAUCCGCCUUCUGGGGUCAUCGUUGACCGUGCUCUCGAAUAUGUCACCAGCCAACCAGCACAUAUUAUGAGUGAAUGUGCCAAAAUGCUAGAGGUGUUGUUGUGCGGCAAUCCUCAAGGGACCGCGAAACAUUCUGGCCUAAGCGACGAUGCUCUCCAACCUCAACCUUAUCCAUAUAAACAAGUUUUGAAUCCAGAACUAGCAUCUGUGCUAGUUGGCCGUAUUCCAGAACGUUGUCCGUCGGCGGAUCGCGUAGGUAUCUUGUCGAAAUUGAUCAAUAGCGGCGCUACUGGCAUACAUUGUAGCAACUUGUUGAUCAGAGCAACAGAGGAGGAUGAUACCGAUACUAUUCGCUUAUUGGUGUCCGCUAAAGACCAAAGAGGAAUCCCAGUAUCCUCCGUCGAUUACAAUGCUUCAAGAUGCAUGGAGCAUUCAGUUACGCGUGAAAAGGUCGAGAUAUUGAGUAUCCUAGUUGAAGGAGCUCCAUCACAAUUCUCAUUGUCAAAAGCAUUUGCAUCAAUUCCAAUUACGGCAAGCACGGCAAGUCGCUUCAGCAUGGUUGAGAUACUGCUCAAAGCCGGAGCCCGAGGUCCUAAAGUCGAUGCCAUGCUGCAUGCUGCUCUUGACGUACCGCAUAAAGAUAUGAGACUCAUUGAGCUCCUUGUCAACUCUGGGGCAUGCGUUAAAGAGACUGACCUAUUUACAGCAGUGUCUCAAGGGCUUUCAGACAUUGUCAAAAUAUUGCUUGGUGCAAGGCUUACAGUCGAGACUUGCUCGUCUGCUAUAGCUUUAGCCAUGAAGCUACAAGAUCCGAAGCCUCGCUACGAGAUCAUCAAGACCAUGUUGGUUCCCGACAACAUAUCCAGCUUUAAAAAGGAAUCGAUUACCCAAGCUGUAGUCGAUGCGAUUCAAAAGUAUCCCCAGGACGUUUCACUUCUGGAAAUCUUAUGCUAUGAAGGAAAAGCCGACAUAAAUUUGCUAGAUGGGCGUGCUUUAUGUGAAGCUAUACAUCCUGGGAAUCCCGCCGCUCUGGAUAUUGUCUUACGAGCUCAAGGAGCCGCACCGAACUCAUCCACUAUUGGUCUUGCCUUGAGGACUGCAAUGGGCUUUCCAGUUCAUGAUCCUUCUCGGCACCGCAAAGUCGAGAGACUUCUCCAGGGAGUUAAGCCACAGCAGGUCAUGGACGACAUGUUGCUAAGGGAGACGCAAUCUGCAGUCACACGGAAGCAUGAUCUUUCUGUUUUGAGAUCCUUACUGGCUGCAGGGGCAAAUGUCAACUCAAAUAACGGGGCCGUCCUAGUUGCUGCCAUGAAAGAUUCGGGAAUUACUCUGAACGAUUCGAGAAAUGUUCCUAGCGAAUCGACAAUGUCUCUAAACGAUAGGAGAAUUAUUGACAUUAUAUUGCAAAGGAAGCCGAACAUCCAUACCUUGUCCAUUGCUUUCGCACACGGAAUGCAACUAACGGGGCAAGCAAAAUACAACAUUUGUGAAACGCUCCUUAAAGCCGGUACAAGGGGGGACGAAGUUAGCAAAGCUCUGUGUGUUGCGGCUAAAGAACGUGAUCUUCAAUUCUUGCAAUUACUAUUGCCCCAUGCUGAUGUCAACUUCAAGGAGGGCAGGGUUCUUCGAAGGGUUGUAGAGCAAGAGUUCUCAGAAGGGCUCGAUUUACUUCUAAAAUCUCACCCUAUUGUACCAUCCCCAGCUUCUAAAUCAACGGCUUUCUACCAGGCCAUGAAGUUGAGCGACCGUAGCAGUCGCUUUGUAAUCGUCAACCGAUUGCUCAACGCGAAAAUCCCUAUGCAAACUAUUUCAGAAUGCUUGGUAGUAGCAGUAAAUAAUUCAGACGUGGACCUGGUUGACUCACUUCUCAAAUCCGGCGCUUCACUCGAUUAUGGUGGUGGACAAGCUAUUUCACGCGCUGCCACUCUUGGAAGAGUUGAAAUUCUUAAGCUUCUCGUGCAAGGAAGCUGUGGCAGGAAGCCAGUUUUACCGAUUUUAUUGAGUGGAUUUGUAGGAGCGGCUGCAUUGAUGGAUAAAGAUCCAGACUCUUACUUCACGACUAUUGAGAUCCUCCUGGGAGCUGGAGCUCGAGGAGGUGCAAUAUAUGAUGCCCUAAUUGAAUGUGUCAAGCGAGGUGAGGCAUUCAUUCGAGUCACUGAACUCCUCUGUAGACACAAUGGCACAGAGUCUGUGGAGUGGAAAGACGGAGCAGCCCUUGAAAUUGCUGUGCGGACUGCUGGGAUGGAAACCUUAGCUGUUUUGUUGCGUCAACGACCUUCGCAGGGAGUUCUGGAUCGAGUGUCUAAAUCUGCAUUCAAGCUUACUCCUGAUCGACGAUAUCCAGUUAUCGAAGCUCUACUCAAUGCUGGGAAACCCAUUGAUAAAGAUAUGUCGAAUGUGCUUUCCAAGCUUGUGCGAGAAUCACCACCGGACCGAGCAUUGCUAGAGCUACUUCUAAGUCGAGGUUGCUACGACAAUGGAGAGGCGAUGAUAUAUGCCGCUACUCACCAAGACCUUCCUAGUUUAGUCUCGCUGGUCAAUCCUGCAGUACCAAAAGCAUACGUCAAUGCCGCUUUCGAGGCUAUGGCGAGUCUGGACGAGGUCUGGAGUACGAAUGAAGGGUUUCCAAUUAUGGAAACGCUGCUAAAGAAUGGUGCUACUGGCGAGAUCGUCAAUUUGACACUACAAUCAGCAGUGGAUAAGUGUUGUUUGGAUGACUCAGAUCUGAUGAGAGAUUUCGUGGAUUUAUUGCUCAAGCAUGGCGCGGAUGCCAAACGAAAUGAAGGUGCAAUGUUGCAGCAGGCAACUAUGAAAGCCAAUCUCGGCCUUGUCAGAUCAAUUCUUUCUAAGUCUUCGACUUAUACGAAAGCUCUAGCUCUCCCAUAUGUUUACUCUACGACUCAAGAUGCUGAGGUGGUAUUGCAGAUCAUUCAGGCAUUUGCGGGUUCCAUACCCGACGUUGACAGGGACACUUUCACAGAUUUUGAGCAUCCAAAUUCACAACUCGAUCCGGUUCUGUUCCUCGCUCUUUCCAAAUAUCCUCGAAAAGUCGGUAUUAUUAAAGUGCUCCUGGAUCUCGGUUACGACCCCAAUCAGCGAAAAUUACAUAUUAUGGACGGGAGCAAAUCUUCUGAGUCAUGCCCAAUACUUUGCUGGGCUCUUGUUCAAGCAAAGAAUAACAUAUCUGACGCGAUUAUUAAAGUACUCGUUGACCGCGGUGCAAACAUCAAUUUCGUUUUACAAUCAGGCAUGACUCCUGUGCUGCUGGCUAUAAAACAAGGCAGAGCAGACAUGGUUGAAAAACUAAUCAGCAAAGGAGCCAUACUCUCAGCCUCUGAAGCACACGACAUAUCUCCUCUAGCUUUGGCCACUCGUCUUGGCGAUUCCAAGAUCAUGGAGAUACUUCUCAGGGCAGACCCCGAACGCAACGACGGAAGCCUCCACGACGCGGCCACCAAUCUGAAAUGCAAUAUAAUCGAGCUUUUGGUCGGACACGGCCAUCAAAUUGACUAUCCAAGCGAAAGACACGACGGCCGCAGUGCUUUGGCAGAGCUAUGCUUUAACGCUGUUAACCGUAGCCCAAAGCCGGAUGCGAAAGAAAUUCAACGAGCCGUCGAGACCUUAUUGGCUAAAGGCAGUGAUUUCAUGAUUCGCUGUAUUUCGGAAGACAAACAAGAAAGGUCAAUUUUCCAUUACGCUAUGGACUCUUCGGAUCCUGUGCUUAUCCUUACUGUCCUUCUGAAGAAGCUAUGGCAAGGGAUCAAUAACGAAGCAUUUCUUUUCAAGGACGCAAAAUAUACGUACUCCCUCAGUAUGUAUGUCAAGAAGGAUAUUUUCAAAGGGCCACAGGACCAAAAGGAAGAGAUCCUUCGAUUAUUACGCACCAAGCGAGCAACUGACAGGUUCUGGGCAACCGAUAUCGAAUCUGAACAACCCCCAGACUGUUGUAACCCACCAGAAGAAAUCAAGCAAGAAGCCGAGCGUCAAAAGCUCCGUCGAAAACGUCUCACUGAACAACGUGAGGACAUCAUAAACCACAAUGAAUUAAACCGUCUCAAAAUGAUCAAGGACAUAGAACUCCAAGACCUCCAAGCCACGGCAAACCUCCGUCGUCUUCAAGAAAAAUCAAAGUCUGAGAUCCACUACAUGACGCAAAUCGCCGAGACAAGACUCCAACUUGCGACGACCGCAGAGCAAGAAUCCCUACGUCGACUAGGCUAUCGUCAGGACCGCGAACUUGACCACCUCAGAAGUCUCAGCGAUGUACAGGUCUCCACGCGCAAACAGCUGGCUCAAGAAAGUCUUACCGAGGAGCAAGAGAGAACGCAACUCCAGCUUGACUUCACGACUAAGAAGGUUGCGAGUGAGAAUGAUGGACUGAAGGCUAGGUUUGCUAUUGAAGGAAGCGCGAGAGAGGACAUGGAUGAGUAUGAGAGGAGAAGACAUGAUAGGGAGAUGGCGAGGAUUAAUGUACAGAAGGCCCUUGUGGAGGGACAGACCAGUUUGGCGGCUGUGGUGCAGGCCGGUGGAGUCGCACAGAAGCAGAUUGGGUAUAUUAGUAGUGCAGAUUCGUCGACGGAUGGGUUUGGUGGUUUUAUGUCUGAGAGCUGA